AUGACAUCCACAACACAUGUUGGGUUUAAUCAUCUUGAACACAAUGCUGUGGAGAAACUCAUGUCCAAUGGACGCAAUCAUCCUGAUGUUCAGGAUAAGUCUGUUUUUCCUCCGGGUCAACGUCCCGACAUGUCCCAGAUCAUGAAUCAUGGAGUGUCAGAAACUGUGAUGAAAAGCAUGAUGGACAUUGCCAAAGAGUUUUUUGAAAUGCCUGUAGAAGACAGGGUAAGUCUCUAUUCAGAGGACGCACAGCAGGCUGUCUUGGUUUCUACAAGCUUUAAUGUCACCAAAGAUGAAUUCUUUGAGUGGAAGGAUUAUCUAAGACACCCAUGUCAUCCGCUGGAGAAAUUUAUUAAUUCAUGGUCUCAAAAGCCUGCAGUUUACAGAGAGGUUGCAGGGAAGUAUUGCAAGGAGAUAAGAGUACUGGUUCUAAGGCUUCUGGCUGCAAUUUCUGAAGCUCUUGGACAAGAUUCUGAUUAUUUGAAUGCAAACUUUGGAAGAAAGCAUAGCCAGGAACUGCAGAUAAAUUACUAUCCUUCAUGCCCAAAUCCAGAUCUUGCCCUUGGCGCAUCACCUCAUUCAGAUUCAGGUGGCCUUACUGUUUUGAUGCAAGGAGAUGUGAGUGGCCUGCAAGUGCUAAAAGAUGGGAAAUGGUUUGCAGUAGAACCAAUACCCAAUGCCUUUGUGGUGAAUGUUGCUGAUCAAAUUAAGGUUGUUAGCAAUGGAAGAUUCAAAAGCGCCAAGCACAGGGCCAUAACCAAUACCACCACUGCACGCAUAUCUAUUCCCACAUUCUAUGGGCCUUCCUGUGAUUCCUUCAUUGCUCCUGCAACAUCUAUGGUGGAUGAGGAGCAUCCGGCUUUAUACAGAGGAUAUAAAUUUGAAGAAUACAUGAGGAUAUUCUGGAGCAAAGGUUUGAUGAGCAAGAGCAUUUUGGAUCGCUUCAAGAUCGAAACCAGUCCAUGA